AUGGAUUUCGAAAUGGAUGAGGAUGAACUCGCGGCCGGCGAAGGAGAUCAAGGUGAUUACGAUGAAGACCAUAGCCACUUCGACAGCCAGAGACUCAAAUGGAUCGCCGAAAUCUCAGAGUCUAUCGGAAAACUAUACACCAACUUGAAUGCCCUCAACCGGAACAUCGAAAGUGUCAACUCGGUCGGACGGCAGUUUGAGAACGUGUAUAACUUGUGGUCCAAGUUUGAAGAGGUAAUCAGCGUACCCUCAGCUUCCGCCAAUUCCACUAGCGAUGCGACCAGCCCGGUCCAAAAUGUUCAGACCGAGAGCACUAGUGGAGGCACUCUUCUGCUCACAACCUCCUCCAACUCGGGAACAGUGAUGGAAUCUUCGGUAGAAUUACGCGACCCUCAUUUACCACCCGGUGUCGCCCCAGGAGGGGGAAUGACAUCUUGGGGUGUCGAGCGCUCUUAA